UAGUCUCAGCUGCUGCUGUGACACUAGGCUGAGCAGCUUUUGGAUUUGUGAAAGUGGUCGAGGUUUCAAAGGGACUUGUCAGUACCUCUCUGUUGAAUGGUUGGACUGAUUUUACAUUCCUAUUUCAUGCAAAGAAGCAAGAUUCACUGCUCCAAGACUUCAAAGACUUUUCACUCUAAAACAACCAGCUGUCCUCCCAUUGCUAGGUUGACCGGUGGUUGGACCUCCGUAGGAUUUCUCCCCAGUGCAAAAAGGCAAGUGAGACUGCUUCAAAUAAAACAACUCCAAGCUUCCAAGAAACAGUUAAGAGAAGGCAGAGACGAGCAGAAACACCCCUUCACUAACACUCACACGGUUACCAUGGAGCUGCAUAACCGGUGGGAGAACUCAGAGACUAACUGGCACAAAGAGAAAAUGGAAUUACUGGACCAGUUUGACAAUGAAAGAAAGGAAUGGGAAAGUCAAUGGAAGAUAAUGCAGAAGAAGAUAGAAGAGCUCUGCCAUGAAGUAAAGCGUCGGAGAAAAAUCAACAUGAGUGAACGUGCUAAGGUCGUUGAUCUUGAUUGUGAGAAGGCCGUUGGAGAUAAAAUGGAAUCUUCUCCAGAUUACCCCAAUUCAGGACAAUGUAAAUUUACAGGGAUACAUCCCAGGGACGUUCUGGGGAAAAAAGAUAAAACAGAGCAGAGUUUACUCAGGGAAAGAAAUCAAGUGUGCAAGGAACAAAAAGCAAUCAAAAAAUCAAAAGUAGGGUAUAUGGAUUCUGAAGUCAGAGACAACCAAAAAGAACAUGAGGCCCGGCCUGACCUGAGGACUUCUGAGGCAGAGAACAAGAGCUGCUCUGGCGCCCUCAACACAGCUCUUGAAGAACUUGCCAAAGUUAGUGAAGAAUUAUGCAACUUUCAAGAGGAAAUUCGAAAGCGGUCUAACCACAGAAGGAUGAAGUCAGAUUCUUUUCUCCAGGAAACACCAAAUGUAAUGAAUACUCCUCGUGGAGAUCACAUGAUCAACAACAGCCAGUGCAUUCCUUCAACCAGUUUAGAAAAUGAGAAACGGAAAAACAGAAAAAAUCUGAGCUGUACCAAUAUUUUCCAGAACAAUUCCAAGAAAAAAGAUGGAAUUGAUACAACUGACCUGAAAAGAAGUGAAACCCCACCAAUUCCUCCUCCAAGAAGCACAUCUCGAAAUUUUCCCAGCUCAUAUUGUGCACAAGCCCACGAAAGUUGGAAAGAAUGUUUAGACCAAAGCAGCUGGGUGGCCCAAGAGGGUCGAGGUGAAAAGAACAGCCACCCUCAUUUCCUCUGGAAGCACGAUGAGAUGCCUCUGCUGGGUCUAAAUGAAGGGAAGACUCUGAAUGAUGGUAUCAUGUUUCCUUCUUUGGCACCAGAAGCCAAAGUAGAUAACAAGCCUUCAUAUAAUGAAAAUGUUGGACUUAGCAUGUGGUCGUGCAACACUGGGGUUUGUGCAAAAAAUAGCCCCUCCACACUGUGGUUUCAGAAAGUCUGCUCUACUCCCAAUAAGCCAAAAUAUGAAAAGGUAAUUCCAGAUCACCCUGCUCAAUCUCCUCCUGAUCUUCAUAUAAGCAAUGACUGUAGCUCCUUAGCGUCCCAGAGCAGCGGCCCACUGAGAAGUCUCAGUUAUGGCUUUGAAAAGACAACCGGGAAUGAAAAGCUGGCAAAAAAGACUGAUGAAUUUAACAGAAUCGUAUUUAGAACAGAUAGAAAUUGUCAUGCUGUACAACAAAUUCAGAGCUGCUCAGAACCAUCUGAAGAUCUUCAGCCCUGUGAGAUCUUGACUGCGUGCACAGCCAACGUCUCAGACAGUGACAGUGUUUCUGACGUUCUGAAAACCAGUGCCCCCAUGUCUAUGCCCAGGGAAAAUGUGCCUGAUAAUUCCACCAAAAAACCCACAACAGGCCAGUUCAGACCAACCCAGGAGCCCGUAAGCCCUAGCAGUUACCGGAAUAUGCUUCACGAGCAUGACUGGAGACCAAGUAAUUUGUCUGGCCGGCCAAGGUCAGCAGACCCCAGAUCAAAUUAUGGUGUGGUGGAAAAGCUGCUGAAAACCUAUGAGACAUCCACGGGGUCUGCACUGGAGAAUUCUAGAUGCUCCCAGGCCAACUGGACCAAAUGUAGUUCUGAUGUCAGCGGUGGAGCCACAUUAGGUCAGCAUUUAGAAAAGCUCCAAAUAGAACAGGAGCUUGAGCAUAAGACAGCAAUGCAUGGAGCACAGCAAGUGAAGCAAGGAGCAGAUCGGAAAAAGGUAACUGAGGAAUCCAUGGCAGUGAAAUCCUCCCCUGGAAAAGGAUUUUCCCGACCUGCCAGACCAGCAAAUCGCCGUCUCCCAUCCAGAUGGGCAUCUAGAUCUCCUUCAGCACCCCCUGCCUUGCGGAGAACUGCCCACAACUUCCCCAUUCCUCUCUGAUCAGAAGCUUCGAUGGUCUAAGUCUCUGACCUGAAUUGCUAGACUACGAAAGUCCCAAUUGCCAAACAGAGUAUUCCAAGUGUUUACAACCAAUUCUGUCUCUUCUGUAUCUUUCAAGGUUACUGGGACAAUUUAAACCUUAACUUCCCAUCAGUCUUCAGUGUUUUUAAUCUAUGGAAUAAUUAUCUUCCUGUAUUUUGAUUUCCUAGAUCAGAAUUUUUUAUUGCCAUCCUCAUUAAUUUGCCAAUAUGAUUUAAGUUGAAACAGUGUACUAUAUUGUAUAGUCUGACUUUCUUGCAAGUGGCAGAAAGCAAGAUUAUGUGCAUGGCUAUGUGUUUUGUAGGUGCAUGUGUUGAUAUAGGACAUGUCAGUAUGUAUUUAGAUAAGUAAAACUUAUGUGCUAGUGUUGACUUUGAAAUUAUAACAUAUAUACCUAUAUAUUCUUUGUGUUUAUUUAAAAUUUUUUAAAAUACACAGUAUUAUUUA